UUAUGCGUACGUGCCGAGGUCUUCAGAAACACCAGUUUGUCCAUUUGGGUUCAAAGGUUUCCGGAAACCUCAUCAUUUCUAUAAUAUAUUCCCAAGUGGACGCAUCCUCUCUGAAAGGCACACAUUGUCUACAUUAUCCUUGGCUACCAGUACCUUAGGACUUUGUGGAAUCCUUACAAGAUCUCCUGGAACUAGCAGGUUACUACACUGUACAGUAUAUAGAAUACACAUUCUUGAUAUUGGCGGUUGGUGUCAAGCAACAUUCAAUGGCUUCCUCUUCGCUGUGAAAAUGGCCAUCUUCCUUUCGCUGCUCCAAGUAAAGAGGAACAACGUUAGCAGGUUCUUGAUUGUUGGGGGUGAGCGAAAAAGACACAGAGAGAUGAAACUUGCAAACAUAUGAAGGAAAUACAAACUCAUCUUUUCCUUCGUUUGCAAAGGAUCAUUGGAAGGAAACUUCAUUCAGACAAAAAAAACAUAAAAUUGAACUUUUUGCAGUAAGUGCACUUUUGCUUGCCAACAAUAUUGUGUCUGUGAACUAGUAAUAUGCCAACCGAUUGGAAACCGUUUGUUUAUGGAGGGACGGCAUCUGUUCUAGCAGAAUGCGGGACUUUCCCACUCGACCUGACGAAGACGAGGCUUCAAGUGCAGGGCCAGAGGAUGGAGGCCAGCUUUCGAGAGCUCAAGUAUCGAGGAAUGUUCCAUGCCCUCAAAAGAAUUGCCAAGGAGGAGGGCAUCCAGGCUCUAUACUCAGGGAUCCGACCUGCCGUCCUGCGACAGGCUGUAUAUGGCACCAUCAAGAUAGGCUGCUACCAUUCCUUCAAGAGGAUCCUGGUAGAUAACCCUGAGAAUGAGACCCUACCGGUCAACGUGCUGUGCGGGAUGACUGCAGGAGUCAUAGCGUCGGCCAUAGCAAACCCCACUGAUGUACUCAAGGUGCGUAUGCAGGCCCAGAGUGCAAGCUUUGCCAACGCAGGGGGAAUGUUCAAUUCUUUUGUCACCAUUUAUCAAGAGGAAGGCACAAAAGGGCUUUGGAGGGGUGUUAUACCAACUGCACAGAGAGUAGCAAUAGUUGCAGGUGUAGCACUACCGGUGUAUGACUGGUGUAAAAAGACAGUCCUAGACAGGAGGCUGAUGGAGGAUAACGUCAAACUGCACUUCUUAUCAAGCUUCGCGGCUGGUUUAGCUGGUGCCAUUUUAUCCAACCCUGUUGAUGUGGUGAGAACCAGAUUGAUGAACCAGCGAAACCUGAGGAAAGGUGUGGCCUCUUCAUCUAGUAACUUUGUGUACCAGAAUUCAAUUGAGUGCUUACUGAAGACUGCAAAGUAUGAGGGAUUCAUCGCACUCUACAAGGGCUUUGUACCGACAUGGGUUCGUCUUGGCCCUUGGAACAUCAUUUUCUUCAUGGCAUAUGAGCAAAUGCAGCGGCUACCCUUAUGAUGACUGCCCUUGGAGUGCUAGAGUAAUCGCAGUCUUCGACAUCACUCAAACCUCCUUUAUGAAGAUGGCCAUCGGGGAUAAGAGUGAGAGCAAAUCAUGACUUGGCUGAAAACAGAUUACCCAGAUGACUUCAUAGUAGCUUGUAUCUCGCUUAUUUUCUUGUCUAGUGCGAUGCAGGGACCUUUGUCAUUAGAUAGCUUUAAAGCCCGUCUGUACUAGUUUGACCAGGAAGGAUUAGACCACCCAGCGUGGUCACUGACAGGUGGUUAUCUCAUCAACUUGGCUCUCAAUUAACAUAAGAAAAAGAGGAUCAUGGGGGACCAACGGGCACCGCUUAGGCAUUGUUUGCCAUAUAGAGGGAGCAAGUAGCUACAAAUAGUGCAGUGGGGCUUUAAAUGGAUGAGCGAAUGCGAUGAUUUAUGAAUCAUGUCUGCUAUCGAGCACUAGGAGGAUGAAGAUGUCGACUUUAUCAAGAGCUCAAGGAUGACAGCCAGGGAUUGCUUCAGGGGCCGCCAGUCCUAAUUUUGGAUAGAACAUAUGACUUUGUCGUAGUGCAUGAAAGAACACUAUUUAAUAUUGUCUAAUCAACCUUGAUGCAGUAGUCUCAUGUUGUGGUCAGCUCUCUGUCUUUGCUUACAAACUGAGGCAUGUCUGUUGUCUUUUUUUUUUCACAUGAAUAUGCACGUACAGGAGGAUUGAAAGCCGUAGGUUAAGAUAAACCUUCAUUAAUUUGGGCCAUCAUGGCCAGCUUUUGCUGAAGGGUGUAGCAAAUCUAAGCAUUGGUUAUGGUUUGCUUUGGUGUAUUGUAACAAUACUAAUAGAAAUAGGUCCGUUUAUAAAGUGCAGCUACUAUAUGAAACUCUGCUGCAUGCUAACAGUUAGUGCGCUAUGAUAAACUGUAUACUUAAAGAGGCAGCUAGGAGAUUAACUCUUUUACUUUGAAAAGUGCAUUUAUUUAUUUAUUUUGUGUAUGUGAACAAAACCGUGUUACUCUGAAUUUGCAGAACUCUGAUCUGAUGCACUGUUCAGACUUUCCAUUGGCUAUCGUUUGAAGUAUCGACAUGCAAUACCAAUUUGCUUUUCUUCAUGUAUUGUGCUAUGUUUUGUUUUAUGAUAUAAAAUACAGGUGCAUUUUGUACAUGCUGAAAUAAAUGUAUUAACAUAAAGCAUUAAAAAGAAGUGAGAAAAUGUUUUGAAACAAAACAGAGAGAGAAAAAGUCUAUGGUGCAUAUUCUACUAUUAAAUUCAAUCAAAGGAAAACUGAAAUCUCAGACUAAUUUCCUUUGUUCAACAAAAUUCUUAAGCACACCAUCAGGGUUAAUUUGUUGUAGAUUACAGGCCCAUGGCAUUGUUCAUUAAUAGGCCUACACUAUUUAUUUUUAUUGACAGUGGGAAAGUAGGAAUACUAACCGACUGUACUUUUUUGAUUGGAAGUUAAGGAGAUAUCUAUCAAAAGAAUUUCUUAAAGAAUCGAUGUUGAAAGCCUACUCCUUAUGUAUAUUGACUACGCAAUCUGCAUAUAAUUAAUAGAAAACAAGUAUGAACAAUGUGUACGCAACCAUUCUCAAUAUUUGUUAAUAAGUGAAGGUAUUGUGUUUCAAAGUUGAGCCGAUUCCAAUUUCACUUUCUAAUACUCAAAAAAA